UCAUUCGACUAUUGGAAGGACAGCACUAUGGCAAGCUCGGACUGGAUGGCAUUGGGAAGAGCUGAUGAGAAGAGCAGUGAUGCAAAGGAGAGAACUAUUACUGUGUCAGGAUUUCCAGAUAGGAUACUUCCAGACGAUGAGAUGAGUGACAAACUCAUAAUUCAUUUUCAGAAAUCAAAAAAUGGAGGAGGAGAUGUGGAAACUAUUUAUUAUCCAGCUAAAAUUCCAGGAGUGGCGUAUAUAGUUUUUGAUGACAUUAAAGUUGCAAAACGAGUUUUGGGAAAGGAGCACAUUUUUGAAGAUCCAAGAAUACAUGGAAGAUACAAACUGAACAUUUCCCUCUACAGUGAAGAUGUCUUUACAUCUGUCUCUGUCAUUCUUGACCUGAGCAUUUUUCACAAGAAAUACAGGCUUCUAGACUUUGUACAGCAUCUGAAAGAGAGUUUUCUGUCCUUAACUCUGUCUGAGAUAUAUGCCAGUGGGAGACUUAGUGUUACUGGCCCCUUCUCUGCAAUUAAAAAGCUACGGGAAUAUGUUCUUUCUGAAAUUGAAGCAUUAACAUAUAAUGAUAUUUUUCUUUCUCAAAGGACAGAGAAGCAAAGCUCUGAAUAUUUUUCAAAGAAUGUAUUGUCUUUAGAUAUGACUCCAGGUAAAAGACUUAUCGAUGAUAUUGUUACAAACAAAGAAAUGUUGUUUGUUGAUACUGAUAUUUAUAAAUAUAUGAUCCAUAUAUGCAGAAAUCAGUAUGAAAAAGAAUUGAAAAAACACAACAUUAAAGCCAGCAUACAUGAAAUGGGUGAAAUCACAGUGGUAUACCUUGAAAAUGAACGUAGCAAUCAAAACAAUGUAAAACUGGCAAAAAAGCAGUACUGGUCUUGA